AUGCCGUGUCGGGGAGAUCUGAAUGGGCACGUAGGCCAAAAUAACCAUGUGAUCAGCCGUAUACAUGGUGGGUAUGGCUAUGAUGAAAGAAAUGCAGAGGGUGAGAGAAUUGUUGAUUUUGCUGUGUCCAAGGAUAUGGAAGAAAAAAUGCAGGGGCCAAAAAGGAUUAAAUGGUUUAAGCUGAAAGAGAUUGAACUUUGUAGACAGUUUAAAGAAAAAGUAUUAGAGGAACUAACUCAUGAAAUUGGGGAUGUUGAUGAAUGGUGGAACAGAACGAUGGAAAUAAUACUGAGGGUUGCUAGAGAAAUAUUGGGUGAGAGUAGUGGCAAGAUGUUCGAAAAUAAGGAAACGUGGUGGUUCAGUGAAGAAGUAAAGGAUGCAACAAAGCAAAAGAGAGAAGCAAAGAAAAGGUGGGAGGGGACCCAAAUGGAAGAGGACUAG